UGCGCACUUUGCCACCAGUCAGGUUUGUGCGGUCAUGUUGCAGUUGUUCAGCAGCUGAGAGGGAGACAGUAGAUCAGAUCAUCAAAGCCUCCGUCAAACAGGAGCAUAAGGAAGUUGGCUGCCUCUUUCACUUAAUGUGAAAAACAUCAAGGUGAAGCAUCAGCCCAGAAAGUGACUGCUGAAAUGGAGGAAUGGGAAGUUCCCACUUCUUUAGAGCCUGCAGAAGUCAAAGAGAACGCCUCAUCACCCAUCGUUAACAAGUCUUGCGAGAGUCUGGAAUGCUUCAUGGUCCUCAUUAAAGCAGAGAAGACAGCCAUCGGCUCCAUCUGUUUCCUGGCAGGUCCUGUCACACUGCUGGAAAAUGCUCUUGUGCUGGGGGUGAUCGCUGCCACAGCCACAUUACGACAGCGCCCCUCCUAUCUGUUCAUUGGCAGCCUCGCUCUGGCUGAUGUCUUCGCCAGCUGCUUCUUCACCACCAGCUUCCUGGACUUUCACCUCUUUCGCCGCAGUGACGGCCCCACUGCCUACCUCUUCAAGUUAGGUGGUGUCACCAUGGCCUUCACUAGCUCAGUGGGGAGUCUGCUGCUGACUGCUCUGGACCGCUACCUCUGCAUCCACCAAGCCUCCAGCUAUAAGCUGCUGCUAACCCGCCGCAGGGCCUUGCUGAGCCUUCUGCUUCUCUGGAGUGCCACCACCUUCAUCUCCUUCUUACCUCUGAUGGGCUGGAGGUGUCCCACAGGCCUCACUCCACCCUGCUCACGCUUGUUUCCCUACAUCAACAAGGGUUAUCUGGCAUGCUGGACCAGCUUCAUCCUGGUGCUUCUAGCCCUUAUUUUAGGAGCUUAUGUGCUCAUCCUCUGGAAGGCCCACCGCCAUGAAUCCUCCAUGACCAGCCUCCAGGGAGCAGUGGGGUCAGGUCAGGCCCGCAUGAGGAUGGACAUCCGGCUUGCUCGUACAUUUGGACUCAUUCUGCUCAUACUGGUGAGCUGCUGGCUUCCUGCCCUCUCCUUCAUGCUUGCUGAUGUCUCCGUAUACCUGACCCGUAACCAACAGAGAGCCUUUGCCUUUUGCAGCACCCUCUGCCUGGUCAACUCUGCAGUGAACCCGCUGCUUUAUGCCCUGCGCUGUCGAGAGCUAAGAGUCGCUCUGCUGCAGUUUCUACAAAAGCUUUGCGAGACUGGGAAGUGUAAAAAAUCUACUGUGGACCCAAUCCCCGGAUUACAUUCUGUAGAAACUAACAAAUGUACUGUCUUCACUGAGGAUGAGAUGCCUCGAGCCAGAACCACCCGACUUAACUCCAUUUCGGAAAUGGUAAAAAAUCAACAAUUGAACACUAGCAAAUAAAAGAGGCGGAGAGGUGAAAUGAAGUAUAAGCAAUACAGACAGUAAACAUGUCGCUUCUAUGUAAGUGUGUUGGUGGUGAAAAGAACAAUGUAAUGUAUAUACAGUUAUCAGUAAGAUCAUCCCAAUCACUGUAGAUUAAGAAUGAAAUGUACUUAUCUAAGAGUAGGAUUUAUUGCCAUCGAACAAUCACUGCUGGAAGCUUUUAAGUUGCUUUUUUGAAUAAGACUAACGUGGUAAAUGCUAUUAAAUAGUAAAUUUUGAGUGUUGUUCAUAAAAGUCUGAACACAUUGAGUUGUACUUGCAUUGAUAAUACUAAAAAGCAAAUAGUGCUCAUACAAUUAUGACAGAGGAGAUUAUUCAGAAUACAGUUAAAUGUUAACUUUUAUCUUUAAUACCAAUUCAUUUCAUUAUUACUUUUGAUUCUGAAAUAUACUGAAACUAGGCCACAAGAACUUUCAUUAAUCAUUUUUGUGACAAUAGCUCGGGCUGAAAAUGUUUAGUGUAUGUGCUGCCAUUUUUUUUUUUUAAUUGAGAUGAUGCAGUCGUUUUACCCUUAACCUUUGACCUCUCUGCCUCCUAUGUCGAUGCUGUAACACUCUCACACCUACGAAAAUUUGCACUCUGUGCACUGAACUGCUGACUUUUUAGGUUGACCAAACAGUAGAAAGGCGGGUUGGUUGUUAGCGUGCUUCUUUACUUUUGAGUGUGUGACCCCGAGCAUGCAGGGACAGAGGAUCCUGUGGGCUGCCUAGCCAUGGAAGCCAGAACCUCACAAAAGCCCCAUGCACCGGAGAAUUUCACACAAUGUUCACCAUAUGAAUCCAAGCAGUGUGCCGAGGUGAAUGGGGCACAGGCUAUGAAGAGAACGAGCACAGACACUAGAACAGUCUUUGUGAUUGUAACAGUUGGCAGCUGCAGUCGAGCACAUACUGACAUGCAUUUGCGCUCAGAAAAUAGAAAGCACAAAAGUAUUAAAACACUUGCUAAUCUUAGGUUGUUUGUGAACACCUGUUUCAACCAUCAUAUGAACUGAUUAAAGAUUAUAUCUGGUCUCUG